AUGGACGGGAUGGGAGAUGGGGAAGAUGGAGGGUCGCUGUGGCUUGUACACCGAUGCUGCAAUGCCAAACAAUGUCAGCAUGCAAGUGCCGAAUCGGGCCGCGAAGUCCGAUGCGACGAGUUACUAGUUAUCCGGUAUUCAGAAAGGAACCUUCCAUAUUUGUACAGCGUGACCGGAAAUCUAUUGACCGUCAGGAACUCGUCAGCAGGUGGUGGAGAAGCCACCCCGCGCGAAAAUGAAAUCUUCAAGGGUACAUCCUUAUGUGAUGUCGCUACCGUCGGUUAUGCUACUCGCAAUGGCGGGAACUUCAAUGACCGGCAGUACUGUCGUUACAUGACAUUGGUCUCCACUGUAUAUCGAAGGUUCUGGUAUCAGCUGGAGAUUCCAUUAGCAUUCAGUCUGCCAGUCAAGUCUGGCUUAAUCACCUGGAUCUUCCCAGUGACAGAGACCACGAUAAGGGUCUUCGAUGACAACAACGACAGCAUAAACACUCGUGAUGGUUUUGUUCUUUCAAUAUUACCAUCGAACUUGUCAGGCAUUGACAAGCCUCUUUACAGUACCGACGAAAGCUUUACUGUAGCUUGA